AAAGAGCACCAUCGAGCUGCUCAUCCUCCUUGGCAUCGUCCCAAUUUAGUCUCGCCAGGGGUCCGGCAUCAGGUUCGCCAUCACCACCAUCGUCUUCGCUAGCGGUCACAAAAAAAAAACACCCACCGAGCGCCAGAGCAAGGCCAGUAGCAUGGCAGCAAGCCGGCGGCAUGCUUCGAGCACAGACAGACAAGGAGAAAACCCGCCACCAACGCCACAAAACCAGCAUCAUCAUCAGCCUCUCUGCCUCUCCACAAACAGCAAACAUCACGGCAGCCAACACCGGCUCCCUCUCCGAACGUCCUCGCAGCCCUUCACAAGCUACGCGACCGCGGCAUCGUCGCCUCAGAAAGCGCGUCGACAAACUUCGCCCAUCCGGGCUUACCUUUUCUACAUUCCGACUCGCCGUUCUCUCUCACCAAGCACCCGGAAUCCUACCACGCUGCGAUGCUGCACCUCCUGAAAACCGGAUCCCACCCGCGCGGGCACAACAUGACCUCCGUCGAGACGCACGAGGUUGUAAUCUGAUUCUCGACACGGGCGUGCCGCAGGGGGGUGGGCAACCUGGCGGAGGCGUACGCCGUCCGGAGCAGGGGUACGCGUUCAAGGGGAGGAAGGGGAAAGGACAGCAAAGUCGACGCCCGUGCUCGACGCGCUCGCGCACGAUACACCCCAUGUCGAGUUCAUGAGGCUGAAGGGGGCCACGUCGAUGGGCACCGCGUGCGCGCGCGCGCGCGCGGCUGCGGCGGCCACGCGCUCAAGUGCUUUGGCAAGACGUACCUGAGCGUCGAGCUGGGGGGUAUUGUAUCUA